UUACAUCGAUUACUCGAUAUUCUCGGCUCGAUAAUUCCGAUGAAAAAAAUGUCUUCGUUCGGUGAAAACGAGAAGGAAAACGAGCGUAAGGAGAAACGCCUGUCGGUGGAUAGUCCUUCAACGCUGUGUUCUCCAGCAUCAAGGAUUCUACCGAAAAAGUCUCGAGCGUCCUAUCCAUUCGCGAUGAAAUGCGCCAACCUCGCGCAUGCUGGUGACCAGUUGGUCAGCGGAUCUGAUACAGGCUCAAGCUCAACAUCUCUACCCGCCUCACCGAAUCUUUCAAAGAUGAUACCGAAUGACCAAGACAGCACUCAUCUCAAAACUGUCUUGGAGGAUGAAGAUUCUACCAAUUCGAAUGAAGUGAGUGGAACGCAACAAGAAACCGAAGUUGAGCACAUGAAUCAUACGGCAGCGACACUGCCACAAGAGCCUGUAUCAGAUGCGAGUGGAAACGAAAAUGAGGACAAAAAUAUCAUCAGAUCAACUCCAACGAAGUAUGUACCCUCAGCCUACGAUCCUCUUUUGGACGCAACAGAAGUUGAGAGUACUCUACAAGACAGCACUUUACACAAUUUGGAUGAUACUUCAACCAAUGAUGACACUUCACACCAAGAUGGCAUUCCCCAAUAUCAGAAUACAACAAUUCAAGACAAUUCUAUAAUUUGUCCAGAUCAGAGCAAUGCUCUCCAGGGCACCGAAGCCUUCCUACCGGAUCUGAAAGAUCAGGAUAAAACAUUCGAAGAUGAAAAUUACGAACAUCAGGAUAAAAAUACUGCAUUGAAUCGUACAACAACAGACAACACUCAAGAUAUCAGUUGUCAAUCCAACGUAUCAGUCACGUUGCCAUCAAAUUUCUUCUCCACUCCGCAACCCGCAACAAUCAAUCAGAAUUUUCUAUCGGUACCUAACGCAUCUCCAGCCGUUCUGAACGCCACCGCCUCGCCAGUUGGAUCUCCAUUAGCGGCCUCAACACAAGUCUCAACACCUGAUCAUGCCCAAACCGAGGAUAAGCACAAUGCGAGUGGUAAAGAUGGUGAAGAAGUGAAGAUUUUGAACGCCACUAAAUGUGACGAUAACGACGGUGGGAUGUCCACAGACGUAACAGCUGAAUCGGAACAGCAGCUUAGCAACAUUUCAACUGAUAGCACAUUGCGUUCUGAGCCUGGUACUAUUGAAGCACUCGAGAAGAAGAAGAGACGUGUGCGAGAGUCUCUGAUGCCACUUCCGUCCACACCAUCGGAUUUGAUAGCUCAUGUGAGAGAGCGCAUCGAUGACUAUUCGUUCCGUAUAAAUGAGGCUUAUUGCGAUGAGUCGCAACUUUGUGAUAACUGCUAUGCGAUGAGAGUCGAGUUGGAGAAUAUCACAGAAAAGUUAUGUGCAGUGACCAAAGAGCAUAGUCAUUGCAAGGAAUAUGGCGAUAUUAAGCAGUCAUCACUUGAAGAUGUCGGAAAACUAAAGAGUGAGUUUGAAAAAGUUAAAGAAGAAGUAUACCGCCUCUCAUCCGAAAAUGAACUUUUGCGACAAAAAAAUGCUGAAAGUGAAUCAGCUGAACUGGUGGAAGCUUUGGCGGAGCUGCAGGAGGCCAGAAAUAGGGAUGCCGUCGAAAUUGAGCAGUUACGCGAGGCGAAUAGCAAGUUGUUGACGAAGUUUAAUAAUGCGUGUAAAGAUUUGGACGACUACAAAUUUGUGAUGGAGUUAGAGGUGAAAAAAUGGAAGGGUAUGGCUGAUGAGUACAGGAGACAGUCCAUUGACUUGGAGAAUAAACUGGAUGAGAACGAAAACUUAGACGAGGUAUUGAAGCAAAAGGAAUUGGAGUUGAAAGCGCAAUAUGAAGCCGAGUUACUGAGUAUUAAGCAACGUUUGGAAUCGGAAACUAUCGACGCAAAAGCAUUGGUAGAUGAAAAUAUGAAUGGUAUCAUGGAUAACCUAAAGAAGCAAGUUAUGACCCUGACAGGACAACUGGCCGAAGAGAAGGCGAGGAACGAGGAAAUCGAAGAGCAAUUGAAACUCGCCUCGUUGGAUCGUGAAGAGCCUCUAAAUAAAGUUUUUCCCAAUGAGGAAAAUAAUUUGGCCGCGGAAGAAUGUGAAUUUUUGAAACGCAAAGUGGAAGAGCUUCAAGGUGAAUUGGUAAAAAUGGCGGAGAAAGAGAAGAGUGAUUCGGGCAGACGAGAAAAUCAGCCGAAGGAUCACGCUGGAGAUCAUAACGAGGAUAAUGGGGAAUUUGUGUUGCAAUGGAGUGAAGAAAGUGUGCAGAAGGUGAAGGACAUCGAAGAAUUGAAUGGAAGAAUUUUGGAUUUGCAGCAAAAACUUUUGGAGAAAGAUGCAGAGUGCGAUGAAAGACUGGAGAUGAUGCGUAAGGAAGUGGAGAAGGCUCAGGAUGAGAUGAAGCAGUUGAGUGAAGAGCGGGACGAAUUGAGGGUUAAGCUCUCGGAAGUCGAACUGAAACUGAGUGGAGAGCGGGAGGUGAACGAGAUCAUACAAGAUGCUCUGAAAGAAAGUGAGGCCGAAAGUGUGCAACUGAAAAGCGAAAAGGUACUGAUUGAAAGCAAACUCGAGGAUUUGAUCAGAGAGAAGAGUGAAUAUGAACAAAAUGGUGAAAAUUUAAAGAUAUCGCUGGCAAACAUGCAAAAAGAAUGUGAAAAAUUGCGUUUAGAAAUGGCAGAGAAAGAAGAGAAACUGGGUGAAUUGGCUGAGAAAUUAAGAGAGGAAGAAAGAAAACGAGAAGAAUUGGAAAAAUUAUGUGAGGAAUUGAGAGAACGAGAGAGCAAGAAUGCGCAAGUUACAAUGGAUCAACAAGUGCAGGAAGAGAAAGUCAGAUCGCUAGAGCAAGAGAUCGAAUCGUUGAGAAUUGAGAUUACGGAGUAUGAAAAGAAGAACGUUGAAUACGUUGAGAGAAUCGAGCAAUUGGACCAACUCAAGAAUGGUUUAGAGUCAGAAAUCGAAGGAUUGAAUGCGAAGCUGGGUGAAGAAGGCACUGAGAAGAGCAAUCUGCAAAAGGAAUGUCAAAAAUUGGAAUUACAAUUGGAGAUUCUCAAGAAAGCUUCAGAUGAUAUGCAAAGAACAUUGCAAAAUCAGUUGGACGAUAUGAAAACGGAACACGAGAAAGCCGUUAAGACUGUUCAAAAGAGUAAUGAAAGCAAAUUGGUUGAACUGGAGGCACUCAACCAUGCACUGCAAACCAAUCUGCAGAUGAUGGAGGAGAGUAGAGAGAGGACCUCGAAAGAACUGAUUGAGGCCAAGGGACGUGUCGAACAGCUCGAGACUGAGCUGGCGGCCAUGAGGUGUUCAUCAUCAGAUGAAGCGAAUCAUGGACAGACAACGACGCAGAAUGAGGAGUCGGAGAGUAUGCAAAGAAAGCUGAAAAUGUUGGAGAAUGAGAACGACAGAAUGGGUCGGGCGUGUGAUGAGGCAGACGAGGAGAUCGAGAAACUGAACGAGGAGAACAUCGAGCUGAGGAAUAAAAUUGCUAAAUUGGAAGGCUUAAGUGAAGAGGAGGCAGCCAAGCGUCUGGGUACGAUUCCACCAAUACCGAGUAUACCCAGAGUGGAAGAAGUAACAGUGCACACCACAGACAGUUCUCUCGAUCCUUCGUUGGAUACGGAAAAAACACCGCAAAAGGAUGUCAGCAAAACGGAAUCAAUCCGAUCGAAAGGGAAAUCGCCAUGGAAGAAGAUGAGAUCACCGAAGAGGGGCGAAGAACAGCAGUCGUGCCGAACUUCAUGA